CCUGCAUGGCAAAUCAAUAGCUUUCUGGAGAGAGUGUUGUGAUAGCCUGGACAGCAUACGCACAGUUACUUUGGCUGCAAUGCUGCUGCAGAGCCCGGUUACUCUGCCUUCCUGGGAACUCCACAGGCAAGUCCAUCGUGUUUGGAGGAAAAAAAAUUAGAAUUCUUUUUUAGAAAAAGAUUGGACUGUUAAAGCUCUUGAUACUGAAUGUUUAGCAUGUGCUUUGUGUUCUUCUGAACCAUUUUUGGUCUUAUUCCACAGAGACUGGCUUCUCUAGGGUGAUUUCUGGGUUGGGUUUUUUUUUUUGCUUCUGCUUCCCCCUUUCUUGGUUGUAGUACGGCCGUACCAUUUCAGCUUGCUAGUGCAGAAAGAUGUGAAUUCAGUUACUGGAUGCGCCUGGCCUGGUGCAAACACAUUGCUAGAGACAUGUUACAGAGUUGCAGGUGAACCGAGCCUGAGAGAUACAACAGCAAAACGAUAUGUGUCACAAAGAUGUCUACACGGAACUGCCAGGGAAUGGACUCAGUAAUCAAACCCCUGGACACAAUUCCUGAGGAUAAAAAAGUCAGGGUUCAGAGGACACAGAGCACUUUUGACCCAUUUGAGAAACCGACUAAUCAAGUAAAGAGAGUGCAUUCAGAGAACAAUGCUUGCAUUACUUCUAAGACCUCCUCCACCGGCAAAGAGUCUCCUAAGGUUAGGCGGCACUCCAGCCCCAGCUCGCCGACAAGUCCCAAAUUUGGAAAAGCUGACUCAUAUGAAAAACUGGAAAAACUAGGGGAAGGAUCUUAUGCUACAGUAUACAAAGGGAAAAGCAAGGUAAAUGGGAAGUUGGUAGCCCUGAAGGUGAUCAGGCUGCAAGAAGAAGAAGGUACACCUUUUACAGCUAUCAGGGAAGCUUCUCUGUUGAAAGGACUAAAGCAUGCUAACAUAGUGUUGCUUCAUGACAUCAUCCACACCAAGGAGACCUUGACACUUGUGUUUGAAUAUGUGCACACUGAUUUAUGUCAGUACAUGGACAAGCACCCUGGGGGGCUGCAUCCAGAUAAUGUGAAGUUGUUUUUAUUUCAGUUGCUGCGAGGGCUGUCUUACAUCCACCAGCGUUACAUUUUGCACAGAGACCUGAAACCACAGAACCUUCUGAUCAGUGACACGGGGGAGUUAAAGCUGGCAGAUUUCGGUCUUGCAAGAGCAAAAUCGGUCCCUAGCCACACAUACUCCAAUGAAGUGGUUACCUUAUGGUACAGACCUCCAGAUGUGCUCCUGGGCUCGACAGAGUAUUCUACCUGCCUUGACAUGUGGGGAGUUGGCUGCAUCUUUGUUGAAAUGAUCCAAGGAGUGGCUGCUUUUCCAGGAAUGAAAGACAUUCAGGAUCAACUUGAACGAAUAUUUCUGGUUCUUGGAACGCCAAAUGAGGACACUUGGCCUGGAGUUCAUUCUUUACCACAUUUUAAGCCAGAACGCUUUACCGUGUACAGCUCUAAACACCUUAGACAAGCGUGGAAUAAGCUCAGCUAUGUGAAUCAUGCAGAAGAUCUGGCCUCCAAGCUCCUACAAUGUUCCCCAAAGAACCGACUCUCUGCACAGGCUGCCUUGAGCCACGAGUAUUUUAGUGACCUGCCCCCACGGCUAUGGGAACUGACUGACAUGUCUUCUAUUUUUACCAUCCCAAAUGUAAGAUUGCAACCAGAAUCUGGAGAAAGCAUGCGGGCCUUUGGGAAAAACAAUAGUUAUGGCAAAAGUCUAUCAAACAGCAAGCACUGACGAGCACAGCAUCCUCAAGAGAGCACAGGAUUAAGUUGUCAUCAUUCUGGGAAGAAAAAAAAAAAUUUAAUGAAGUGGCCAAUAAUAGGAAGGGAAUCACAGAUCCGUUUCCUUUACUCCCUGCGGUGGAUUUUACUUACAAGAAAAUUGAAGCUGGCAAGACCCUGUUUUCUCCGCAAUUUCUUUAAAACCUUGCACGCAUUUGGAUACCUUGUGAUUUCCAAGAACUAUGUGAAGAUUAAGCUUUGCUUCCUGAUACAUGGCAUGUAUUCUUUUCAGUCUUUUGUGUUUGAUUUUGUUUGAUUUCCCUCCGCAGCACAGCGUCCCUGCAAAGGUUUUUAUGCUUUUACCAGCCAUGUCUUAAAGACAUUAAGACAACACAUUUGGUGUUCGCACUUCUUCAGUCACGUCGGUACUUGAAAGCCACGUGGUGGCGGGAAGCUGUGUGCUCUCCUGGAGACCCGUGCACAUUUCACAGCCGCUAGGAAGGAGAUGUUCGGCUAAAGCAAACCCGUGUUCUCCGACUAAUUUGACAACUGGGUCCCCGGCCGUGGGGCCCGACUUGUCGCCUACCUUUUGAGGACGUUUGCAAGUGUGGUUUUUUGUUUUUUUGUUUUUUCCUUGGAAAUACCACACGUUUAUAUAGGCUAUCAGAGUCUGCUUAGCAUUUUCAGGUCGCGUAGCACGACUGUGUUCCAGUAGGUGGGAAGUGAAGAGACCGGGAUCAAGCAUUAAGAACAAAGACAGGGAUAAACUGCUCACUUUUCCACCUCCGGAGACUGAGGUGACUUUUUACAUUGUCUGGGUCUUGUCAACAUCUUAUUUUUCCAUCCACUCUUUGACACUUUGUGUUAGCUUGGUGGGGAAAAGAGUGAGGAACAGAAUGUUUAAACCUUGGGUGCGCAGAGUGGGCUGGGCUGGAUGGGCCCGGAAAGCCAUGUCUGCUAGUUAACAUUUAAAAGGCAAAUUACAAAGUGACCCAGAGUUAAAAAUGGGCUCGUUUACACCAGAGCACCUUUAAAUUACUUUUUUUUUGUUUAAAACAUUCCAAGCUGACUGGAAGCCAUCAUUGGAUACCCUAACUUUAAACUGUCUCCUGGACAAAAAUGUUUGAAUGCAGGUUGUAGAAACAAUACAGGAGUCUUGCUUUAACGGUGGGAAAGGGAAACAGAAAGGCCCGCCUUCCCUCGUUCAGGGAGCUGAGAGGCCCGGAGGAUGAAGGCGAGGAUGACACGGAGGGGGAGCGGGCUGGGCGCUGGUGGGCUUUGAUCUGGAGGGGAAGCUGUCUGAUGCCCGCUGUCUCCCAGGGGGACGGGCCUCACUGCAGAACCCUAGAUAACGCCGAGGCCAAGGGGGUGGCUAGGAAAUGCAUGUAAAGCAUGAAACCUAGCUUCUCAGGACACGAAUUCCUGAUCUGUGGAAAUACUUCGUGUACAUUGUUUUACAUUUUCCUAUUAGAAAAAAAGGAGAGACUGAGAACUUGAAAUGCUUUUCUCACUCUGGGGGAUCAAGUCUAGGAAUGAUGAGCCAGCCGGACAAAGACUUUCUCUGAGAGUCAGGUAAGAGAAAGGCUUUUCUGUAGUCGAACCCAGUGCAGACCUAGGGAACUGGACCCAGAAUUCCUAAACAUUAGAAUGGCACCUUCCCCGGAGUGAGGUGUGAGCAUAUCAUAUAUUCAGGGUCACCGUCCCUCCUCCCCAGAAGUAGCAUUCAUCGUACACUUCUAAGUGUAAAGCAGGAAUUUUUUACUGAUUGAUGUGAAAGAGAAAAAGUUACCCAAGGCUAGAGUAUUUACUAUUUGCUACCUAGAAGUAUUUCCCAUUCUUCUUUCAUACAUUCCAACCCAGUGGUAGUCUUUAGAGGUAUUUUGAUUUAAUGUGUAUUUAAAUUAAGGUUUCUUAUAGUAAAUAAGGAGAAGAAAACCUUACAUGCAAUUAAAAACAGCCUUGCCUGUGAUUUGUCUUGAAUUAUUCACUUGGGGAAGAGGCAUAACUCUUGUAUCUUCCUAAGUUUAAACCGAGAGCAACUGAUGGGUAAAUCCUGCUAUUUAACAAGCUUUCUAAUUUGAAAAUGUUUAGUGUUAAAAGACUUCAGUGAGGAAUGUUAGAGUCAUUUAGAGAUCCUGCCCUAUCAUAGGCAGCGUCUCUCGGGAAAUGAAACAUACUAGUCCUCAGUGAGGGUAAACCCGUUUUAUUACAGAGACAUACCUCUCAGAAGAUCUUGUGUCGGGAUUUGUAGCCCCCCGUCCUCACCAUCAGCACAGAACAUCCCAGGUGUGGGUUGUCUCUCGUUCUCCCUUCCCUUCCCUUCCCACCAGCGCUAGCUGAGGGCAGCCACAAAAAUCAUCGCAGAAUGUGUUCAUUAGCAGAUUUAUUAUUCCACUGAGAAAGCACUGGAAUGUUUUUGUGAGAUUAUUUUUAUAUGAAGGAGUACCUUGCAUCCACACAGCUGGCGAGUAAGAACACAUGAGCGCAGGGACUGUACCAAGGCACAUCCUGCACACACGGCAUUCUGCAAGGACACGGGGGCUGCAUGUCCAUGUUCUCAAAGGAACAGAAGGGUUGACUUAAAAAUAUAGAUAGGUAGGCCAUGAGAAGGAAUGUUCGCAGUGCUCAGAAAAAAGCGGGGCGUCAAGCAGGGGUGGCUGUCCACCCACUGAUACGAGGGUGAGAAGCUGUUUCUACCUCUCAGGAGCGGUGAGAAGUUUCCAGGGGCGCCUCCGGGCUUGCAGAGAAAGCAAGGACUCCGGUACCCUUUCCUCAGUGUGAGCGUGACAGCCAGUGUAAUCACUACCCUAGGUUAUGCGUCUAUAUAAGAUACUCAUCUGUGAAUAUUACUGGUUUUGUAAUCUUUGUUAUAUAAGAGGAAGUUUAGGCUGUACAUACUGGGGUAGAUUAUCGCCUGCCCCUAUACAUAACAAGAUGUUGCAUAAUAGUGCAGAAUAUCCAUCUUCCUUACUGGCUUGUAGGCAGAGGAAACCACAUACCUUACUGCCUUGCAAUCCUCCUACACCAAAAACUAAACGAAAAAAGCAAAAAAAAAAAAAAAAAA